AUGCUCUAUCAGGCAGCGGCAUGGGAGGAGGGAAACUGGACACCCAGCACGUCGAGCUUGGAGCUUGGUUUGACAACGGCAUGGGAUGAGAACAUCAGUCUGGGUCUACAGCAAGUUGACCUUCCGGUUGGAGACUCGAGACCGCCCUCCCCACAGCACAUACCGCUGCCUUUUGCGGGGAGAGAUGCCUUGCAAGACCCUGAACUAGGAGAGUCUGUUCAGUGUGAAGAUCAAGCUGCGGACAAUGCGCAGGCCUGGUGGGAGCAAGUGAGAGAUAGACGCAACCUCCGUGGGGCUUCCUCGGCUGCAAGUUCAUCGGUAGGACACUCGGCGACUACCUCGAAGGCAAGCUCGUUGACUACGUUGAAGGGAAGUUCCUCCUCCACGGAUACUGCAGCAGGGAUCACCAGACGCUUUGGUGUCACAAGAGAUGGGGUUGAUCGAUGGCAUCAUCCAAAUGGGACAGUGCGCAAUCGACGUCGUGAACGAGAGCAGAGGGAGACAUCAGGGAGUUCAACGCCAGCGGAUGCUCUUCCGCAAGAUGAUGACCCCGCGGUUGUGCCCUCAUCAAGCGGACCGAUCGACGACGAUACCCCGGCCUUCACCAUCCAGGGCGACUGCCUCCUUCCUUCAGGCCCUGCCGUUAAGGGAGUCACGUUCUAUGGGGAGAACUUCUAUGUCAGAGCCUCGCCUAGUAGAGACGAUGGUGGGGAUGAAAGUUCCACAACGGCUGGUGAUGACGAUGCCAGUGGGAUGACAGCGGAUGUGGAGACCGAGAAUGAUGGCAAUCAAAGCUCGUCCUCGGAUUCCACCUCGACUGUGGGCUUCUAUAAGAACGGCGAAUGGCAUGCACGAUCACGUACACCGUGGGAGCAGCGCCAACAUACAGGCGGAAGGGGACUUCAACGGACCAAGAAGAGAGAAGAGAGGAUGCUCAGCUAUAUGCGCGGGAAUUGGCGACCGGCAUGGCUCGUGCAAUAUGCGAAGGACAAAGCAGCACGUCAGCAGCGAGAUCUUCCCCAAGUGCCUGAAGAUGAGGAGACUGCCUCUGUGAGAGAUGUUGAACUACAUUGGGCUGAGGAAGAUAAUGUGGAAAAUAUGGACAAUGCCAAUUACCAUUGGAACCCCUCCUGGUGGGGAAGUGAUGAUGCGACCAGCCAAUCCUGUUCCUCAUGGAGUUCUUGGACUGCUAGGGACAGCGCAUGGAGAACCGAAGAGAGGCAGUGGAGGCAAGACCGAAAUGUAUGGCAUGAGCAUGGGACGGUGGAACAAGGGGCGACAGUGAACCGCUCUUGGGAAGGUGUCACAACUUGGCCGACAAAUUCUUCCACUUCCUCAUCGUGGCCUUCUACGCCUGAAGCUCCGGAAAAUCUCCGAACCGAUUGUGAAGAAAACUCAAAUGCCUGUCCUGAGAUGUCUUCUGGUCCCACCGCGUGGUCCUCACAAGAAGAAUGGGCAGAUGGGUGGAACUUCGCGGCCUCUUACCAACAGAAUCCGGACCAAUGGUCGUCUUCCUCUUGGAGUGGAUGGUACACGGAGAGAGAGGAGACUACAACUACUACGAGCAUGUCGGCAAGCUUGUCUUCUUCCACGACCACCUCGACGUCAACGGGAGCCUCUUUUGAAGACACGCCAUCCUCCAUGCCCUUUCCGAAUGUGUGGGGAGAGAUGUGGUGGAUUUACACACUGACGACCAGUAGCACGACAAUGUCUGGAGAACUGGCUCUCCCCAACCAUGGACUCUUUCCAGAUGUUCAGGAAGCUCGGCUUCCCCUUGACGAUGAUGCUCUCAUGGCGAUCACCAACAGCGAGACUGCCUUGUUGCAAGAGGCCGGGAUCCCACAGGGCCAGGUGACAAGGAUUACGAACAUGUUGGCAACUCUGGAUGAACAACAACGACAAGGACGUGGACCAGAGAGCCGAUGGGCCCUAGCCAGACUUCUUCGUCGUGCAGAAGAAGGCCUAGAGGCAAUGCGUGUGGUCCACCGAAUUCUUCAUCGUCGCCUUCUACCCAGAGGAGUUCUCCCCGUCCAACGCGUACCACGCGAGGAAAUUGACAGAUGGAGGACAUUUCUGUGGGGUCGACAGUUCUCCACGAUUUUUACGGAUGGCUUGGACGCCCACCUCCUGGUUCCCCUCCAACCUGGCGAGAGCGAAGGCAUCGUUGGCAAUUCACCUCGGUCAGAUGCCUUGGCUAGUAACAGUUCGGGAGUAAACCAGCGAGGAGGUGAAGUGGUGGAUGGUGAGGAAUCGGUGCCCACAUCCGAACGAGCUCGUUCUCGUAGUCGAAGUAGGCCGGCCAACAGUUCGUCUACCAGGUCACAGUGGGACAGCGAAUAUGCCUACAAUUCGGAUCAUGAACUCGUUCGGAUUCCUCCUGCAGAUCCAGAUGUACCACCCAAUGGACCUCCGCCAGCUGUCCCAGUCAACCAACCCCAGCUGGUGUCUCUGGAACCUGUGGGUAUUUGGAGAUCCCCCCGGGAGGAUGAUGAAGAGACUGAGGAGACUUCUACCACUACGACCUUAGUAAGUUCUUGCUGGUCUUUGGGGGGAAAUUCAUCCAGUGCUUCGACUUCAACAACAACAUCGCCAAGUCUCUGGACAUGGUGGGGAGACCUGGGUGAAACUUCUUCCUCCUCUACAACGACCUCCACAAGCUCGUCCUCGGUUCAUCGUCUUCUUUGGCCCAGUGAUGUUGUCAGAGACGUCGUUAAUACCCAGCUGGUACAUGGUGGACAAUUAGAUGCCUUGGAGUUGGUGAGGAUCCUGCAGGACCGACUAAGAGCCCUUCGUCAUCAAGAAGCACUUGUUCAAGAUGCGAUCGAGGAAGCCCUUACAUGGAUCCAGGUGCCGCUCACUGAAGUGCCGUUGAAUGCGAGACAGUAUGCCAGAGAGGUGCUUGGUACUGUGUAUCGUGAGGCCAGCUUCGGAUCUGGGCCGACAACUUCUGGGACGUCACAGUGGGCAGAUGAUCCGAUUGUCAUGCUUCAGCCUGGCUUCCCGUCGGAUCUGGAAGAACUUUUUGGCCUCCUACCUCAUGACCAUGCUCACACGGUACAAGGUUAUCGCAGGAGGGCAUGGAGGGCUGCUGUGCGCCGGGCUUACCGGGGAGAAGGACUCGAACCCCCCGAAGGAUUCUGGCCUCCGGAAGACAACCGGACACUGCAUGUGAUACAGGCGAAUCCGUCGGUGAACCACGCCCGGAAGUACCUAGACAUGCUUGGUUUCGAGGAGGUCAUGGUCGACGUCGUCAUCGUCGUGAACGUCCACCACCACGACGGGUUAGAGCCACCCAAGGGCGAGCUGCGCAUCUGGCGGCAGGUUAGAACCGAGAAAGCCUCCACCGCCGCAUGGAAGGCAUCUAAGAAGCCCUUGCUGCGCAUGCAAGUCGCCGACGCGGGAGUCGGCUUAGAGGACGAGAUGGGCCGGGGCUGUCUCCAUGCCGACUUCGCAAACAUGUACCUUGGUGGUGGCGUGUUGGUGGGCGGCUGCGUUCAGGAGGAGAUCCGGUUCGCCAUCUGUCCCGAGCUGUGUGCUGCUAUGGUCAUCUGCCCUUACAUGCUUGAUCACGAGGCCAUCACCAUCGUCGGCGGUGAGCAAUUUUCGGCUUACUCGGGCUACGGUCGCUCGCUGGCAUACGCUGGUGAUUUCCGGGAUCCAACGCCGAAAGACGAGGACGGCACGGUGCUGGUGGCCAUCACGGCCAUGGAUGCCUUAGACUUCCGGGGUCAGGAUGCUCCUCUUUCGCAGCAGCUGGAGGAUGUACUGCUCCUUCGUGAGCUGGAGAAAGCAGCUGUUGCCUUCGCUCCAACCGACGAGGCCGCAUUGCGCAGGUGGCCCGUCAUCGCCACGGGUAACUGGGGCUGCGGAGCUUUUGGAGGCUGCGUCGAGCUGAAGGCCAUCCUCCAGUGGCUCGCCGCCUCCGAGGGCUCGAGGCAGCUCCUCUACUUUCCCUACGAUGUUCCGCUUGGUCCCGCCUUGAUGGACCUCGCGGAGAACCUCACGCGCCGAGGAGCGACUGUGGGUUCCCUCUUCACGGCGCUUACGAGCGAGCCCACGGCGCGGAGGGGAGAGGACCUGUUCGAGCACUUGAGGGAGCGGGUGGGUAUGCACGGCGGCUAG